AUGGCUUCUCCAGCUUCCACUCCUGAUUCUUGGGCUAUAGUCCCCAGCCCAAUGGACGAUAUGCACCCCAGCUUUUUAAUUCUCAAGCACAAGGUCGAUACAAUCGGCGACAAGGACGGCCCUUUCGUGGCCUUAUUUAUAAGGGGCUCAAAGUCCAGGGCCAGAUGGGAGGGUUGGAUCGACGAAAGAUUUGUUCACGAGCGCGAUGAAGCAAAGCUCCUCGCCUACUGGAAGAAGGUUGGCGGGAGAGAUGCACAAGGCGUGGAGGCCUGUCCUCUGCGAAUCCUUUAUGCUCACGGGCGCAGAAAAAAUGGACAGGGUACGGAGACGGAAUGCUUCGUCCAAUACGUCGGAUAUCCCAACGACCCCAGCAUAAAUCAGUGGGAACCCGAGUCGAAGGUUCUGGAAGCUCAGUGGGACUGA